UACAAGAGAGUAAAGUUAUUCUACUAUCUACCAACGGUAACAAAGCUAUCCACUAAUAGCGUGACACUUGGCUGAUAAAAGCUUAUUAACCGAACUACUAUGCGACACCGUUUGGCUUGCGGAGUUUACUGCUUAGCCUAGAACGACGUCGUGGAACGGCAGCAUCUUCUUCUUCUUCGUCUGUGGUGAAAGGAAGCCUCAGACGACUCUGUCAUUGAAGCUCUUCAUCGUUAGCUGCUACCUGCAUCAUUCCUUCACAAUGUUUAAGCCUCUCUCUCAGUCACACUCGGUUUCGGCGAUCUCAUCCAUCCUCCGCCCAUCCUUUCGCAACUCCUCUAUUUCUUGAGCGAAAGGAGUUCGGUAUUGCUUGUGAAGAUGGAUGUCUACGGCUAUUUCUAGGCCUAUCGAUAUCCGUUGACAUUUUCCAUCUUCCAGAAUAACGAGACGCAUUCCUUCGAUCCGGAGCAUCCUCUCACCCAGCGCUACGAAUCGCUCUUUGAUCUAAUGGUCCACGGAGUCCAAGAUGUGCUCACUGUUUCAGGCUUUGACAAGCUUCCGAUCGUCAUGGCGGAAACGGGCUGGCCAAAGUUCUGCGGUCAAUCGGAUGCUGAAGCGAAUCCCACCAAUGCGCAUCUCUUCUGGAACGGCAUCGUCGCCUGCAUGGUCGCAGAAGCUGGAGUGCGGGUCAAAGUCAAACAUGUCUUUCUGUACCGCCUUCUUGAUCCGGUUUCACCGGGUCUGGGUAGGGAUGACAACUUUGCCCAUACCCAUGGGUUUCUUACUAUCCAACCCAAUUGGGUUGGGUAUGAAUCCAAAUAAAUGGAUAUGGGUAGAGUUUGAUGGGUUUGUACCCAUACCCAUUUACUUUGGGUUGAGUUGGGUUUAUAUCAAAUGGAUUUGGGUUUGUACCCAUGCCCAAAUACAAAUUACAAUUUGGUACCCAAACUUAAUAGACAUGCAUAUUUAGUACCUAAAUUUAAUUUUUUUUGCAUAUAAGUCCUCAAAAUAUCGAUGGAAAAUUACGUUUUGGUACCUAAAUUUUUUUGGUCUUACAUUUUGGUACCUAAACUUUUCAAGUUUUGCAAAUAGGUCCAAUUUUUGUAUGUGUAGUUAAAACACCCUCAAGUAAAUGGAUAUCCAUAUCCAACCCAUACCCAUUUAGAUUAUGCAAGCCCCAAACCCAAACUCAUCUAUAAACCCCAAAUCCAUAUGCACUUCACCCAUACCCAACCCAUUAUCAAUGGGUCUACUUGGGUUUGGGUAUAAUUACCCAUGGGUGGGUAAUUUGCCAUCCCUAGGUCUGGGCCUGGGCUUGAGCUGGGGGAUGCUUUUCCCAGAUCUCAGCAAGGUGUUUGGAACUGAGAUUCCAACAGUGUGGUUUAAAACCUUUUGGGCCCAAGUGAAUAGUUUCAUGGCCUUUUUGCAGACUGUUCAUCACAUAUACACAGCUUUCCAGGACUAGAAACCGACAGCCUGAAUUUGUUUCGACUAAUGUAGAGAGAGAGAGAGAGUUUGAAUUUCCAAAUGUAGAGAGAGUUCACAAAUUCCAUUCUAGUUCUUCAGAGAUCUUCCUGAUCAUAUCAGUCCUUGAUAUGUGAAUUGUCAAUUUCAAAUGUAAUUGACUCAAGGAAUAAUAAUGGAGUUCUUCUACAUAACUUGCAAAAUACUGAAAUAGUAAUUGUAGAAAGUGAUACAAAAGUAUUAUCUUGAUAAAGGAAUGUGUCAAAAUCGAAUUUUUUUUUAAGUAUGAAUUGGGACAUACGAUUCAUCUGAGCAAAAACCGUAGUGAAAAAUUUUCCCUACUACUUUAAGUUAUAGGUUAUAACACAAAAAAUAACAAAUUAGACCGGUAUAUUACCAAAUAUCGGUACCAAAAUUACAACUCUCAAGCGCGGGUGAGUUAGUUUGAUUUUUGGAUAAUUCUUAACUUUUAGUCAAAACUUUCUUUCGCUUUAAAAGAUUAAUCAAAACUUUAAGAGAGUUACAAAAUAAUAACUACUUUCCAUUAAAGUUAACAAACCCUUAAAAAAAUUACACAUGCCACAUAAACUUAUUUGUUAUAUAUUCAAUGCCACAUGAAAUAAAUAAUAACUUUUUUAACUUAGAAAAUAGUUAAAUUAAGUAAUAAUAAAUGAGACCUUCCCCGAGCAUCAUCCUCUAAUUCGGGCCUAAUUGUACACUUUUUAUCCUCGUUUCUCUUUGACGUUUGUUGCAAUUGAGCUUCAAAAAGGGGUGAUUUUACGCUAGGUUUCGUGUGUUUCAGAUUCUAACAAGUGAAACCAACCCCGGAGUCGAAAGUUGGAAGAAAAUGAGCAAAAGGGAGGAAACAACAUGUGUACCUUAUAGAGCACAUCCUUUGUAUGAGGAGAGGAAACAUAGCAAAAUCUCAAAAUUCGACUCUAAAGACUACACAAAUUAUGAAUAAAGUGCACAGCAACAACCAUAAAUCCACGUUUAUUGUUGUUUGAGAUCCACAUGUCCGUUGUAAUGGCUAACCUACUGAUUUUUCUCUCCGAUCCCUUCAUAACAUAAGUCUUCCUUUCACCAUAAAUCUUUAAAAUGUCA